AUGAAAGCAGCCCGGACCACCAGCAGAUAACAGUCGCCAUUUCCCGAUUUUCUACGGAGCUCGUGUCCCUCCGUCCUCACCUUCCAAGCUUCCACUAUUACCAUGGACCCAGCUCUGAGCACUCUGAGCACUCAGACACCGGCGGCGCCCGCGGAAGUCCCGUACUGGGAACAGCAGAACGCUACAGCUCAGGCAACCAAGCCGAGCGCCAUGAAGGAUCUCGAGAGCGAUGAUGGGUUGACAAGGGGGCAGUGGCAAGUCGGUUUUUGGGACUGCUUCACGACUCUCAUGCCCAAUUGCUUCAUGGUCACGUUCUGCUCGUGCGUCUCGGUGGCUCAGAUUUCAGCGCGGCUUGGAGUGACCACGUACUCGAAGGCCCUCAUCACCUGCUUGGUGAUCAUCAUCGCUGAGUUCGUGGUUAGCGGCAUCGCGGCGAGUGCAGCUUCAACCAGCUACACAGUCGAGACGGACUAUACCAGUGAUGGGACGUCGUACACAUAUUCGACUAGCAGCGAUUCUGGGACUGCUGUUAUCGUGUACCGCGGGGUCAUGAUCAUGGUCCACGUGCUGUUUGCUCUGUUCGUGAUGCACCUGCGCAAGACGACUCGCGAGCGAUUCCAGAUCCCCGGAAGUUCUCGCAACGACUUCUUCGCUGGGUUUUGCUGCUCCUGCUGCGCUCUCGCUCAAAUGGCAACUCACAUCAAGAGUUACAACCCCGGGAGCUGUGAGUUUGGUCAGGUGGCGACCACGCUGCCUCCUUACAUUCAGUAGAUCUUGCGAUCGGGAGUAUGUUUAGUUUCGUUAAAAUAUACAUUUUUGAGUGGUACAGUAGUAAAUCUUGAAGUUGUUGAGUGGUAGCAAAAAGUUGAAGUGGUCCGAAAUCGUGGGUGUCUCGAAGUGAAUAUCAACAGCCACCACGUGCAGCUACAAUCGAUGGCUAAAACCACGAAGUAGCUCGGUCUCAUCGAUUCAAAGUGAUGACAUGAUGAAUCUCUAU